UCCAAAAUCAUAUAUAUUCCGGCAUUACACUUUUCUUCCUUUUCUUUUCGAGAAAGAAUCAGAAUCAGAAACUGGGUUUCACAAUGUGGGGACACUCUUUCUAUGAAAGUGCCUCAAGGCUCCUUCGUAAACACCCAUCUGUGUCUAAGCUUCUUGUUGUUGUCACAGUCAGUGGGGGAGGUCUAGCGGCAUUUCAUGAAACCACACCAGUACACACUGUAUAUGCUGAUUCAGUUCAGGAAGACCAAAUAGCCAAGAAAAAAAAGGUGGUCGUGCUUGGAACUGGUUGGGCUGGAGUCAGUUUCUUGAAAAAUUUGAAGAGUUCUAAUUAUGAUGUUGAAGUGGUGUCACCCAAAAAUUAUUUCUUGUUUACUCCUUUGCUACCAAGUGUUACCUGUGGCACAGUGGAAGCACGCAGCAUCGUUGAACCAAUUCGAUGCAUUACUAAGAAGAAAGGUUUAGAAGUUCAAUUUAGGGAAGCAGUAUGUCAUAAAAUCGAUCCCAAAAAAAAGAAAGUUUACUGUCGAUCAACUCAAGACACAAAUCUGGGUGGAAAACACGGUGAAUUUAGUGUAGAUUAUGACUACCUGAUCAUUGCCAUGGGAGCUCAAUCAAAUACAUUUAACACCCCUGGUGUGGAGCAAUAUGCUCAUUUCUUGAAGGGAAUAGAAGAUGCUAUGAAGAUCCGUCAGUCUGUGAUUAACUGUUUCGAAAGGGCAAGUCUUCCUUGUGUAAGCGAAGAAGAAAGAAAGAACAUUUUGCAUUUUGUAUGCGUUGGUGGUGGUCCAGCUGGUGUGGAAUUUGCUGCAGAGCUUCAUGACUUUGUUAAAGAGGAUUUAGCCAAGUUAUACCCUUCAGUUAUAGACCGCGUACAAAUUACCGUUAUUGAGGCAAGCGAUCAUAUUUUGAACAUGUUUGACAAGAGAAUUACUGCAUUUGCUGAACAAAAGUUCUCCAGAGAUGGCAUUGAUGUAAAAACAGGUUCAAUGGUUGUAAAAGUAACUGAUAAGGAACUCUCCACCAAAGAAAGAGCAACAGGCAAAGUUUCACAUCUACCUUAUGGGAUGGUUCUCUGGGCAACUGGUAUUGGGCCUCGCCCGGAGGUUAUUGAUUUUAUGAAGCAGAUUGGUCAGAGUAACAGGCGUGUUUUGGCUACUGAUGAAUGGCUGAGGGUGGAAGGAUGUGAUGGUGUAUAUGCUUUAGGUGAUUGUGCAACAAUAAAUCAACGCAGGGUCAUGGAAGAUAUUGUAGAGAUAUUCAGAACGGCAGACACAGACAAGUCUGGUACUUUAAACCUUGAGGAAUUUCAAGAAAUCAUGGAUGACCUUGUGGAAAGGUAUCCUCAGUUGGAACUUCACUUGAAGAGCAAACAGAUGAGGAAUAUUGAUGAAUUACUGGAAAAGAGUUGGCAAAAUCCGACCGCUGAAGUCGAUAUUGAAACGUUUAAGUCCGCUCUAUCACAAGCAGAUUCUCAGAUGAAAAAUCUUCCUGCAACAGCUCAGGUAGCUGCUCAACAAGGUGCCUACCUUGCCAACUGUUUCAACCGUAUGGAGGAGUGUGAGAAGUACCCUGAAGGUCCCCUCAGGUUUAGGGGCGUUGGACGCCACUGUUUUCAACCCUUCAGGUAUAAGCAUUUUGGGAUGUUUGCUCCUCUGGGAGGAGAACAAACGGCAGCUCAUCUUCCAGGAGAUUGGGUCUCAAUUGGUCACAGCACCCAGUGGCUUUGGUACUCAGUAUAUGCUAGCAAGUUAGUCAGUUGGCGCACAAGGGUGCUGGUGGUAUCUGAUUGGGGAAGGCGAUUUGUAUUCGGAAGAGACUCAAGUCGCCUUUGAGACCAGACGGAAGCCUAAGUCACACUAGAACUCUGUUUCCACCACUCCAAUAUUAGGCGGAGCAUUGGUUCCAUUUCUUUAUCAGUGUCAAACUUGUACUGCGAUUGAGAUUAUGAUGUUUUUGUACUGCAUAAAUGCAAAUAACUCGCUUGUUUGUAUUCAGCAUUUCAGCUAGC